UAUUUAAUCACUCUCUCUCUCUCUAUAUAAUCCUCUUGCUUCUCACUCCUAAUCCAUCACAAUCCCAUUAAUCACUUAUCACCACUGGAUUAAACAAUCAAUCAAUCGUAGUUUAUAGUUUGUGUGUUUGAGAAAUUUGAGGUUUUUUGUCUGAAGAUCAUGGCAGGAUACGGCGGCGAAUACGGCCGGCAGACUGACGAGUACGGCAACCCCAUCCGUCAAACUGACGAGUAUGGCAACCCGGUUCACCACCCUGGUGGUGGCCACCAUACCGGCACCACCGGAGCUUUCGGGACUGGUGCAGAUCCGUUCGGCACCACCGGAACCACUGGAGCUUACCCUACUGAUACCCACGGAGGCGCCACCGGUACCACCGGAGCUUACGGCACCACCACCGGAGGAUAUGGAACUCACGGCGGAGGGAUUGGUACUGGAACCCACGAUGCAGGCUUGGCUUCCGCUGUCGGCGGCCACCACCGCCGCUCUGGAAGCUCCAGCAGCUCGUCGUCUGAAGACGACGGGAUGGGUGGGAGAAGGAAGAAGGGGCUGAAGGAGAGGGUGAAGGAGAAGCUGCCAGGUGGCGGCCACAAGGACGACCGGCCAGGGUACACCACAGGUGGCGGCGGUGUUGGUUAUGAACCUGAGUAUCAUGAGAAGAAAGGAGUGAUGGAGAAGAUCAAGGAGAAGUUGCCAGGUGGUGGCGGCGGUCAUAGGGAAGAUGUGCCGGCGCACACCACCACCACAGGCGGCGCUGGGUACGGUUACGAACAGGGCGUCGGUGGAGCUGAAUACCGCCCGGAACAUCACGAGAAGAAAGGGAUGAUGGAGAAGAUUAAGGAGAAGUUGCCAGGUGGUGGCCACCAUUAAAUACUUACAUAUAUGUAUAAAUGAAUACGUACAGCACACUGGUAUAUAUAGUUGGGUUUGAUCUUUGUUUUAUUUGAGAUUUUACUUCCUGUAAUAAGCCAUGUUCCUCCUUCAGUUUAUGAUCCGAGGUGGCAUUAUGUAUGUGUGUGUGUGUUUCAGUGUGUUGUGUCUCUAUUUUGUCUGUUUGUUGUUGUUCA